GAGUUAAUAUUUAUGUUUGUGGCAGCUGGUGGAAGGUCAGCUCAAAUGAUAAAAUGUUCACAGCGCAAAAUGUAUCCAUCAUUAAAUACAAAAUAAGAAGGCUAGAAUUUAUGGUAAGUAAACAUGUACAAAUGAUGAUGUCAUCACUAUCAUUAUUGAAAUCACCACCUACUGCUCAAACAUCUACUACUACUGCUCAAACAUCUAUUGCUGCUGCUGUUUCACCAACUACUACACAAGCACUUGCUCAAACUGUUUCACCAACUACUACACAAUCAUUUCAAUCAUACAUUACACCACCUCCAACACAACAUUGUAAUAAAAAAUAUAGUUAUGGAAUCAGUUCUGAUGACAAUAGUGAUUAA